AUGUCGACGGCUAAUAACUUGUCAUCAACGCUGCCCGAGGCGUUUCAACACACCGCUGAGCGGCACGGAAGCCGAACUGCGCUCGUUCAGUAUCGGCCGAACGCUUGCCACUACACCUAUGCUGAAUACUAUGAAGCGUGCGUGGACGUGGCACGUGCCCUGGUCGCUCUGGGAGUUGAACCUGGGGCAACGGUGGCCAUAUUCGGCUCGAAUAGCCCCAAAUACCUUAUAGCGUAUUGGGGUGCGUUGCUUGCUGGCGUGUUACCAUACGGCAUCUAUCCGACGAGCAGUGAGGCAAGCUGUCGGCAGCUGCUAGAGCUUGGUCGGUGCGUCGUCGCUUUUGGGGAGGAUGGCGACUGUGGAAUGCGCCUCGUCGCAGCAGCAGCAGCUGCAGCAGCAGCAGCAUUCCCAGACCUGAAACUAAAGCAUCUCGUCUUAUGGCCAAGUACAGCGACGAGUCCCGACGAUGACACCGUCUCGCAAACAAAAACGUUUGCGUCCAUGGAUACUCGUGUCAUGUCGUGGCAUACAUUUCUGAAUGCAGGAUGCUCACUGGACGACGGGAACAUCGUUCUCAUGCACCGCCAUCGCGCUCAGAACGCUGACCAAGCAGCGCUGAUUGUCUUUACCUCGGGAACCAGCGGGACGCCCAAGGCCGUCGCGCUCUCGCAUCGUAACGUCCUGUUUGUCAUUGAGAGCGCACGGAGGCUCGUUCAGUUCGAUGAGACCUGGCGUGGCGUCUCGUACCUGCCGCUGUCGCACGUGGCGGCUACCAUGCUCGACAUUAUCGGACCCGCCAUUGUCGGAUUUUCUCUACACUUUGCAGAUCCCGACGUGCUGCAGCCUGGUUCCCGUUCUCUCGUGCGAACGCUGCGAGCGGUGCGACCAGACUUUUUCGUCGGUGUGCCGCGGGUCUGGGAGCGCAUCGCCGAACAGCUCCAAGAGGUCGCCGCGAGUCAGCCGGCACCAAUCCGACACGUUUCCACCUGGGCGAAGCGCGUCAUGUUCAGCGAUAUCCAGCGCUGGGAAUAUCCACAAGCAGAUUGGUGUCCAAGCUGGUCGGCGUGGCUGGCCGACCGCCUCGUGCUUUGGCCUAUUCGCCGAGCGCUCGGUCUCGAUCGAGCUCGCAUCCUGAUUUCCUCUGCUGCACCCUUGGGACCUGAAACCCUCGACUACUUCAGCUCUCUGGGCAUGCGAAUCUGCGAUCUCUACGGAAUGACUGAAUGCACCGGUCCGAUUGCAAUCAACCUCCCGAGGGCGUACCGAAGGGGGAGCUCCGGCCGGCCGCUACCGGGAACCUGCGUUCGCGUCGAUGCCGAGACAUCGGAGCUGCAGGUUCAGGGCUCGCACGUGUUCAAAGCGUACUUUAAUGACCCGGCGAGUACUGCUGUUGCUUUUACGAGCGAUGGCUUUUUCCGUACCGGUGAUCUGGCGACAAUCGAUCGUGACGGUUUCAUUUGGAUCACUGGACGCUUGAAAGAGCUUAUAGUGACAGCUGGAGGCGAGAAUAUUGCACCAGCGCCACUAGAACGAGCCCUGGAGAGCGCCAUGCCGGCAGUAGCGCGCGCCAUGGUGAUCGGUGAUCGGCGAAAAUUCCUCAGCUGUCUCCUGUCGUUGCAGACUGCGCCUGACGGGGAGACGCUCAUCGGUGAAGCAGCCGCCGUAGAUGACGCGACUCGGACGGCAGCGGAUGCAUCGGCGGAAGCCGCAGUUCUUGGUACACCCUGGAAUCGGUACGUGGAGCAGGGUCUUGCGAAAGCGAACAGACAAGCCGUUUCUCGAGCUGCGCAAGUGCGCAAGGCUUGGAUUGUUCCCCGCGCGUUCUCUGUGGAAGAUCAGACUCUGACACCUACGCUGAAGUUGCGACGCGCAUUCAUCGAAGCUCGUUAUGCGGCGCAAAUACAACGCUUGUAUGCAGGUGGGUGA